AUGACUUCCCAUAUCCAUUACAGCCUCGCGGCUCCCGAGAAACCCCCCGAGACUAUUGCAAUCGCACCUCCGCUUGAAGGGACUCCGUCUGGGGAAGAUUACAACCCUACCGUCCUCGCCCUCCUCGAAACCAACACCAUUCCAAGCGAGAAGAUUGACGCAGUACGGCUGGAGCUGCUGCGUCGCUUGGUCGGCACAUGGGCGACAAGACCGUUGUCGAGCCCCCCGGUUCGACCCGAUUAG